AUGAUGUGCUUCUAUCAGAUUCUCGUCUACUCGUGCGGAUGCACAACCCCUGGCCCCUUCAAGCAAUGCCCCCCACAACUCGGCACCAACGUGAGGUGCACCAGACUGGGCCCAAGGCAGCGACAACCUGUGGGCAAUUAUUGCCCAAGACAUUUGGUCACUAGGGGGGCAAGAAUCGUCUACGCGAGGCCUGGUGGUCACUGGCAACCAGUUGCCGAUAAUGGGGGACAAGGGGGACAAGGGGGUAGCGGGGAUGAGGCCGAGGCCGAGGAGGACGAAGCCGAAGAAGAGGAAGAAGCCGAAGAAGAGGAAGAAGAAGAAGAAGAGAAAGAGGAUGAUGAGAGUGACAACAAUCGCGAUCCGGAUUGGCAUCCUUGA